UCUCUGCGUCAAAGACUCAAAGAUACAAUAACUGUCUGCAAAGAACAAAGCUUUUCUCAUAGGAAAAAAAGUUUUUUUUUUUGCUCUUCAGAAAUCAAACAGACAAAGACUUUGUGUUGUUGUUGCCUUUGCUUAUAUAAUCUUAUACUUCAACAAAAAGGGAAAAGAAAAAAAAAACACAAAGCCAAAUAAUCUCUCUCUCUCUCUCUCUCUCUCUCUGUGUUCCAUGGACUUGCAACUGAAGCAAUGGAGGAGAAGCCAGCAGCAGAAUGAGUCAGAAGAACAAGCUUCUCCAACAAAAACUACAAAACUUGUCUUUGAUCAAUCCUUAACUGCUGCAACUUCUACUGCUCUUCCCCUCUUUGCUCCUGAACCUGAAACUGAACCCACCUCUUCUAAGCUCUCCUCCUUGUCGGGUUUUGCUCCUGAUUCUUCCUCCAGGUCUCCAAAAUUCGUAGAGAUGAGGAGUUUCUUCAGCUGGAAUCAGUGGCAAGAACUUGAGCUACAAGCUCUGAUCUACAGAUACAUGUUGGCUGGUGCUGCUGUUCCUCAGGAGCUCCUUUUGCCCAUCAGGAAAAGCCUUCUUCAUCGCUCCCCUUCCUAUUUCCUUCACCACUUCUCUGCUCAUCAUCAACCGCCUUGGUAUGGGGGAAGGGCUGUGAUGGAUCCGGAGCCGGGGCGGUGCAGGAGGACGGACGGCAAGAAAUGGAGGUGUUCGAGGGACGUUGUCGUGGGUCACAAGUACUGCGAGCGGCACAUGCACCGAGGUCGGAACCGUUCAAGAAAGCCUGUGGAAAUCCCCACUCCUCCUACAGCCACAACCAUGGCUAACGCUGUUACAGCAACCCCAGCCGCUAACGUCCAAUCUUCAUUCGCUUUCGGCCGUGGAGGUGGUGGUGGGGAGGAGACGGGUAAUGGGCAGAGUUUCUUCUUCUCAUCAUGUCCUUCACAAUCUUCUCAGCUUCUCAACAGUAGUCAAAGUUGUUCGGGGACUAAGACAGGGAACAGCAGCAAGAACAAGAGACCGUACGAAGCGUCGUCCCACAGACCAGACGGCGGCCACAUCCUGAGACGGUUCUUCGACGACUGGCCACGUGGCAGUGACGGUGACUCGGCGGCCGAGAUGACGUCAUCGUCCAGCCCCAUGAGCUCGGCGGCGACGAGCCUCACUAUCUCCAUGGCCGGAAACCCUUCUUCCUCCUCUGAUGUCUCCUUGAAACUGUCAACGGGCAACGAAGAAGAGGAAAACGGUAAUAACGGUAUGGGUAACGGUAAUAACGGCUGGUGGGGCGGCGGCGGAAGCGGCGGCCCGUUGGCUGAGGCUCUGAGGUCUUCGGUGGCGGCGACGUCGGUCUCUCCGACCAGCGUCUUGCAUCAGCUUGGGAUUACGACUCAAUCCUUUCACUGAAUAUUGUUGUAAUAAUAAUAAUUAAAAUAAAAAAAAUCUUGAUAGACAUUGUUUUUAGUUUCUUUUAAUGUGUGGUUCUUUUGGGUGUUUU